AUUUUCGUGAUUUAAAAAAAAUCAAUGCUGGGAGUUUCAUCAAACUUUGCAGAAGUGUAGUCCUAUAUCUUGUCAAUGUCAUAAGUGAAUGAUUCUAAAUUAUUUUAUUAGCGUUUUCAUGAGACAUGUAUGUGGCAUGUUGACAGUGGUGUGAUGUUUUGGACUGUAAAGCAACCGGGAGCCGUCUUCGACACAGGUGCUUCCACCAUCGGAAUAAUGGCAAACUGCUAAGGACAUGGUUUGGGUUGUUAUUACUCAAGAUUCGUGAUUGUACACAAAGCACUUUUACUAAAAAAUGUCGAAUUUGUGGACUAUUUCUCAGUUUUCUCCUUUCUUAUUGGAGGCAUUUAUGCCAUUAUCGCUGGAGUAAUAGUGUCUGUGUGUCCUAAGAUGGCUGCUGAACACUUGUGUCUCUUCCUGGUACCGUAACCAUGGAUAUGUAUAUUGGACUUAGUCCAAUUAAACCAGGUUUACUGACUGGAGUAAUACUCUUGUGUUUACUUCCAUCAUCAAAUACUCGUCCUGAGAUGAGCAGACGACAUGACGCAGUUGCCAUGGCAACCUAUGAGAAUACCAUGGCAACCAAUGGAAAUGUCAUGGCAACCAGUAGAAAUGCCAAAACGGACAAUAUAUGGCCAUCGAGUCGUGAAGAAAUACUCAUCAAUUCGAGGAAUCUCAUGAGAAAUUCAUUGGCAGCUUGGAGAAAAUCUCGCUCAAAGAAAAAAAGAUCGGCAGCUUUGCUGGGCAGGAAUGAUACGCCGAGUGACAAAGCCACAGAAAUGCCUGCGACAGGAUUAUCGGAUAAUUCCUCCGUUACGCCAUCUAACAGUAAAAAAGUGCACUCAACUGCUGAUAAUAAAACAAACUCGACAUUGGGAUUGAUGAUAAAUACGUCCAAAGACUCGACAAUAGAUCCAAAUGAUACUAGACCGGUUUUGACCAGUCCAAUCUUGCCCCCGACGUCCAGCAUUCCGUUUGAUUUCUUAAAUGAUACUCUCUUGCUAGAUCAGAAUGACGAGUAUGUUGAUGACAAUGAUACUCUUUCGUCAAACCAGUCGGGGGUUUAUGGUAAUAGCGUCCCAAGAUUCGUUGAGAGUGAGACGUUCAUAAUAUCCCUGAUCGUUGGAAUCUGCCUGCUCAUAACCCUAGUUUCCGUCACUAUAUUCCUGUGUUACCGUCGCAACCAAGGUUGCCAACGUCCAAAUCUUCCUGCCAGUAAACGUCUCAGUACCCUUAGCAACCACAGCAGUCAUGGGAGUUGUAAUGGUACCAAUCCUGAUGAUGCAGUCACACUGAGUUAUAUCAAUGCACAGUUUGACCAAAAGUUUCUCCAGGACAACCCAGAAGAGAUGCAGUCCCUGGAAAACGACACGUUCCUCAAUUCACUCGAGAGCAUGAUGUUCGUCAACCGCUGGACAGAUACGGCCAGCACGUCCAAGUUAUGACCAAACGGGGCGCCCUCUGGGAGGAGGGUGCCCAACGACCAUAGCGGCCACGCCAAGAAGUGUGUAAAGCUCGUCGAGGCCGCGGACGAGGGAGACGCACGCAGACAUUCUCAAAACAUUGAAAGCCAUAUUUGAAGCUGUUUCUGUCUUGAGUUAUAUUCAAAGUAGAUGCAUUGGAUGUUUUGACCACUUCGCUACGGAGGUUAUUUGGUUGGCUACGGUGUCAUUCGCAGUGGGGGCUGGGGCCAAGAUUUCAUAGUCAGCCAAGUGUGGACACUAUCCCAAAUUCUUUUCAAAGCCUUGAAUUUUUAAACAUUUUCGAAGUUGAAAAAUUUAAAAAGUGCCAAUAUUUUAAUCAGUAUUAUUGAAUGCCUUAGCAAUACAGGCUUAUAGGAAUCUCACAUACAUAUAUAAUAUAAUUGUUCAAAAUGUUCUUUUCAAUUCCCUGGGAAUUAUUAUCAAAGUAAAGUUCCAGGAUCAUUUUGUAAAAUUUGCUGCUUAAAAACUGUUAUUUAUUGAAAUUUGUGGGUAGAUAGGGUAACAUUGAACCCUAAUAUUGAAAGAAAGAAACAUUUUUUAUCGGAAUCGUUUUGAAUAUACAUGUAUCUGUAUAAUUUGUAUAUUGUGCUUUUGUAUGUUGCAUUUAUUAUUUACCCAAGUUGUUCGGUGUAGCUGGUGUGUGAGACUGAAUUUGUCAAUUUAGGGCCACGUUCUUUGCAGAGUGGGCGUUCAAAUUCUUGGGAUUUAGUCUUCAGAUCUUAGCCCUUCAUUUGAAAGAAAUCUAUUUGGUUUGAAAAACCUUCCUUAUCUGAAAGGACCUACCUUAUCUGAAUCGGAAAGAAACCAGCUUGGUUGAAAGAAACGAGGAAUUGAAAUAUCCUGGCCUGAGUUCCUCACUUCCUUUCAUGUGGACAACUCUAUCUAUCCUCUAAUUCAGUCUUAUCCACCGAGCCGCGCCUUAAAUUAAUUUUAUGAGGGUGUUCUGUUGUAGAUAUUAGAUAUACAAUUGUUGAAUACUCAACUAAUCAUGUAGUAUUUUAGAUUAGAAUCAUGAUGAACAUUGCGUUAGAGCUGAUGAUUUCAGAAGGGUUUGUUUGGAGUAAACCCUUUUUUUGGCCCUGAAUUCAAGCAACUUUAUUUUCUUGGCGUUCUCACAAUUUUCAUUGAUGUGCAAAUAGCUUACGACCAACCAAUUAUGCUAACAAGAGGCCCAAGGGCCUGGCGCUCAGCUGGAUGACCUAAUAACAUAGGACUGAGGGUAUAAAGUAGUAAAUAUCGGCUUUAUACUACUGUUUGAAGGUCAAGAGAACACGUUAUACCACUAACAUUUCCAAUGCAGAGCUGCCAGCUGGAUGAAAUAUGAUUGAACUAAUCAGCCAUGGUAUGUAAAUAUUACAGGAGGCAACAGAAGAUAUCCCUAGUUCAGUAUGUUGUAUCGGUAGCUUUACAGAAAAGAAGUGUCAGAGAGGAUGAGACUUCUCCAUGGACAACUGUGGUAUGUCCAGGCUGGGUUGUACAGCACAAGGAUACAAAAUGCUGUCUGUAAUUGAGAGGUAUCCUGAUUUAACAGAGGUCAAAAUAAAUAG